AUGGUAUCUGCAUUCGUGGUUCCCACCAUGAAGCAUGGAGGAGGAGGUUCUCCUAUUUCAGCCAGUGAGCUCUAUAAUGCCAUCAGUGUUGUAGCUGUCCUCUUGGACAUUAUUCUGACAAUUGCCCUUCCUGCCCAUACAGAUGGCCUGAACUUGGAAGUGUCUGGAUGGUGUUGUACUGAUGAAACUAGUGCUGAAACCUCCCGCAAUUGUUCCAUUUGCCUUGGUACACCUUACACUUAUAACCUUGAAAUAGAUUUUAAAUACGUGGACGACGUCAAAGAAAGUGACAUCAUUCGGCGGUUGGGUUUUAACAGACGGCCCAGGGCCAAACCAGUCUCUGAACCUCAGAGUGGGAUUGAUUCUUCCCACUGGGCCUCGUCUGGGUCACUGUCAUCUGUGAGCAGCAAUGCAACUAAGAAUUCCUCUAUCAUCUCCUCUUCCUCCUCCUCUUCUUCUGUUAACAGAAGAAAACCUCCACUUCCUCCCUCACAUUCUUCAUCUAAAUCCACCUCUGAAGCUUCCGAGCAUUAUGAAACCCCACAUGUUUGCCAGAAUAGCUCAGAUGGGAAGCCUCCCCUAGUUACACGGCAAUCCACUACUUCUAAACCAAAUCCUUUAGUGGAAAAGACCUUGAUUGAGACACAAAAGCAUUUAGAACAAGAGAAGAGUUCUUCUCAGACAAUGACACCAGAGAUAUACCCACGGCGUAGGCUAGCUGCUUUUGCUGGCCUAAGCUCAAGUGGUAUUCUGACAUCACAUACCAGCUGGAGUGCUCUUAACCACAGUCAGUCCCAGGAAAAUCAUAAAGGGUCUAAGCUAACAGUUCCUGAUCAGGCUUCCUCAGGGAGCAACUCUUUGAGAACCAGCCCCAAGAGCUCUGGCAGGCCCGCUCCAGUGACUACUGUUCGUCCACUGGACCUUCAGUUGGUCAGGGAUCAAAUGGUAGUGGCUCUAGAAAGGCUGAAACAGAUGGAGGAACAAGUAAAGAUUAUACCUGUGCUGCAAGUCAAGAUCUCUGUCUUGAAGGAAGAAAAGAAACAGCUUAGUGCAUUGGUAAAAAAACUAGAGAAUCAAAAUGUAGGUUGCAAUCUCGAUCCAGAUUUGCAAGGUCUAUCCAGGAAAAGAGCAUAUAGCACAGGAAGUACUGUGAAGUAUUCCAAACCAGAAAAAGAUGAUGUGGGCCAGAGGGAGUCUGCUAAAAAGCUCAACAGUUGGGAAAAUGCCUUGUCUGAUCUUGACCAGUCUAAGCAGCUAAAUGCUGAAAUGCAGAUGACGGUCAAUGAUAAUGAGAAUAUGGGUGAAGAGUUUGUGCAUUCAAGAAGUAGGGAUGUUGCUCAAGAAACCAAACUCAAUGUACAGUCAGUAGAAGUUGGUGUUACUGAAGCUAUGCUGGGUGUGGUGUCAGACACUGAACUGGAGCUUGUGAUACAACAACAAACUAUUCAAGUUUUGAGGGACAAGGUGCAAACACUGGAGGUAGAUCUUAAAGAGGCAUUGCUUAAAGCAGAAUUGUGCAGACUGAAGAGUGAGCUACAGGAAGCUGGGGCUCAUACCCAUGCUGCCAAGAAUUAUAGUACACAACCAGAGAUGCAAAGCAUUGCAACUCAGACAGGAAUGCUGACAAAGACAAUUGGAAUUGGAAAUCAUGUUCAACUUGUACAUGCUGCUGUUGGGGAAGGGGCAGUGCAAACUCUUAACACUGUAGGAGUAACCUGCCAGCCGGAGACAAGUGAUGUGGCCUCUGGCCUGGACACACCCAUGGAAAUGUGGGCGAUACAGAAGAAAGUGGAAAAUAGGGAUCAAUGUGUAGGAACACAAUAUGUUCCAACUUGCAGUCAAAGUGUUGGGACAUCUGUGAGUGUUUGUCAUGUUGGUAUUAUGACCUUAGAGUUGAUAGAGACUCUGGAAAAAAAGAAGACAUCCACUAGAACAGUAGGCUGUGGUGAUUGCACCAUAGAUAUAAAUGUCAACAUGGUCAAGCCUCUUGUUUCCCAAGGUAUUGUCACUGAACCUGUCAGAGGUAUAGACGUUGGUGUAAUAAUGACUCCACAAACCAUGUCCCAAUGCACCAACACUGCUGUCCAUACAGUCUCUCACUGCACUAGCACUUCACCACUUCACAUCUCUGAAGCAAGCACCAUUCCAACAAACAUGCUUAUGCAGGAAAGACAUACCAACACUGUCCGCACCAUCACUCGAACACUUGCAGUUGGUGAUGGGAAAGUUAUUGAUCAACAAGUGGCUAGAAAAAUGCGCUCCAUUGCAGUGGGGACUCCUGUUUACCUGAAGGAAGGAACAGUCACUCCUGGCACCCCCAAAGUGAUGACUUGUGAUACUGGUGUUGGACUGACUAACAUUAAUGAGAAUUUCUUGGUUGGGCUCCGGACACGGAACAUGGCAUGUGGUCCUUCCCGCUUACCAGAUCCUCAAAAGACCCGGAGUAUAGGGGUCGAGGUGGGUGAUGGGAGGAUACGGGAUGUGGAUGGGCACAUGUGGAUGCCUGUACACUUACUACAGCCACAUUUAUAUGCACAGACAGAGCCUGGACUGGAUCAUUACAUAGACCGAAUGCAGAAAUUGCUAAAAGAGCAACAAAGUUUGCUAACUAGCAGCCAUUUUAAACCAAGGGAUGAUAUUGCUGUUCAGCCCAACCACCUCCUGGACACACAGCAUGGAGUUUCUUGGCAUGACUCUUCUUCAAAAGCCAGUGAGUGCAUGCAGCUUAAAUCAAAGAAUUUAAUGGGACAUUUCAGUGAUGAUAGCACCAUCAGAUCCAUUAUCACAAGAAAGGACAUGUCUCAGAGAUGUGCAGAAAGCAGGAAGACGCUCAAGUCUCUUUCUCCAGGGUUCGAGUGUCUAUCCAUUACUGAAGAUUCCUUCUCUGAAUGGACUGAUUCUGAGGAGCAGAAGAAGAAGAGAAUGAAGCAGAUAGAGGAGGGUCCCAGGAUCAGCACAAAAUCUUCUAAAAUGGAGAGAAGAGAAGGAUAUGACAUGAGUGACAAAGUGAUUUCUGCCUGUCACAAAUUAAAAGCCCACCUAAAUGACACCAAGGGUUUAUCCAACAGAGAACUGCGUUCCUGCCUGAAUGUGAUCCAACAAGACUGGUUCUGUGUGUCCAGUCAAAAGAAAGCAUGUCCAGAGACAGUUGAAGGUUUUCUGAGCAUGUGUCGUCAUGUAUCACCUGCUGUUCUGACUCAUGUUGCCAACAUGGCUGACCGGAAUGGCAACACAGCACUGCACUACAGUGUGUCCCAUUCUAACUUCAGGGUGGUGCAGAAACUGCUGGAUGCAGGUGUAUGUAAUGUAAAUCAGCAGAAUAAAGCUGGAUACACUCCCAUCAUGUUGGCUGCUUUGGCUGCUGUGGAAACCAAGGAAGACAUGAGCGUGGUGGAGGGGCUCUUCAGGAAGGGAGACGUUAAUGCCAAGGCCAUUCAGGCUGGUCAGACUGCCCUCAUGCUGGCGGUCAGCCAUGGACGUAUGGAUAUGGUGAAAGUUCUUUUAGCUUCGGGGUCAGAGGUCAAUAUUCAGGAUGAGGAGGGCUCUACUGCACUCAUGUGCGCCAGUGAGCAUGGCCAUGUCGAUAUUGUCCGUGUUCUAUUGGCUCAGCCGGGCUGUAAUGCCACUCUGAGUGACAAUGAUGACAGCACUGCAUUGUCCAUAGCCCUAGAUGCUGGCCACAGUGACAUUGCCAUGCUCUUGUAUGCUCAUAUAAACUAUGGAAUGGGCCAGCCAUUGGCUACUUCUCGAAGGUAGACAUCAGCUGCACCAACUCCAGGCCAUUUUGAGUGAUUGAUUUGUUUCACUUAUCUCCUAGUGUUGCAUGCCCAGUCUUUGUAGGCCACUACCAUAAAUCUAGAAGUCAACUGUUGAAGACACUUCCAACAGAUUUGUGGAAUAGCAAGCCCUAGAUGACAGUAUUUACAAUGAACCAAUAAUAGUAAUCUGCCUGUAAGUUUAGCUGAAAUA